CAUUGGUGCAGCUGAAAAGGUUGCAACAUUCAAAGUCUUUCUUCAAACAUCCUUCCCCAUUCAAACCAAUUUAUUUCUUUCUUCAUCACUGACGAUUACACCCCAUUUCUCCAAACCUUCCCAUUUUUUCCCCUCUUUCCAUCUCCUUCCUCUUCUUGCAUUUCUCUCACUCUAUAUUUGUCUGUUUUUCCCCCCAAGAAAGAAGUGAGCAGAGAACUCUUUCAGCCCAGAUCAAAAGAAAACAAAGAAAAAUUGAAUCUUGAUUCUGAAACUCAAACUGGCUGAAAUGGGUCGCAUUCUUUGAGCCCAGAUGGAAAAAGUAUUGAAUCUUGGAUUUUGAGUUGAACUGAUUCUUGGGUUCGUGGAUUGGUCUUCAUCUGUUCAAUUUUGAAGUUGUGUUCUUGUUAUUUUUGUUUGUGUUUCCCAGCUAGAGGGCUUUUAUUUUUUCAUGAUGUCAAAGUCUUUUCUUGUUGUGGGAAUCUUUUACUUGUUGUACUGCGGCAUGUUAGCAAGUGGAGGUGGAGUUCAAACUGUCAGCAGUCUGAAUUCCAAUGCCUCCAUCUUUACAGCCAUGGAAAUGCCCAGCUUCAAUGCUGUAUCUUCUUCUUCCGUGGAUUCAGGUUGCAGCUUUUCUAAUUCGGGUACUAAGAUCAGAACACAUACAGUUGUGCCUCAAGAGGAAGCCAAUGAUGGCCGAGGUGAAGACUUUGAAAUGAAGCCGACUGUUGUGCUCAAUUUGAAGCAAAGAUCGCCAGGCAAAGAUUUUAAGCCGGCGGAUUGUGUUGUGGAGUCCACUGCAAAGGAUUUGACAAGAAUUCAGACUCUUCAUACUAGGAUAGUUGAGAAAAAGAACCAGAACACCAUUUCCAGGCUCAAGAAAGAUGGUGAUCAGCAGUCUUACAGCCCGGUUGUUUCGCCUGCUUCCUCGCUGGAAUCUUAUGGCGGUGGGUUUUCCGGGCAGCUUGUGGCGACGCUGGAGUCUGGUGUGAGUCUUGGCUCGGGGGAGUAUUUCAUGGAUGUGUUUAUUGGUACACCUCCUAAACAUUUCUCUUUGAUUCUUGAUACCGGUAGUGAUCUUAACUGGAUUCAAUGUGUUCCUUGUUAUGAUUGUUUCGAACAAAAUGGGCCUUAUUAUGAUCCUAAGGAGUCGAGUUCGUUUAGGAAUAUAAGCUGUAACGAUCCCCGUUGUCACCUUGUUUCUUCCCCUGAUCCCCCACAGCCCUGCAAGGGUGAGAAUCAGAGCUGCCCUUAUUACUAUUGGUAUGGAGAUAGCUCAAACACGACCGGGGACUUUGCGGUGGAGACGUUCACCGUGAAUCUCACGGCCCUGAGUGGGAAACAAGAGUUUAGGAAAGUGGAGAAUGUGAUGUUUGGAUGUGGUCAUUGGAAUAGAGGGCUGUUUCAUGGUGCGGCCGGAUUGUUAGGCCUUGGGAGGGGGCCUUUGUCGUUCUCGUCUCAGCUCCAAUCUCUAUACGGUCACUCAUUUUCGUAUUGUCUUGUGGAUAGAAACAGCAACACUAGUGUUAGCAGCAAGCUGAUUUUUGGUGAGGACAAAGGGCUAUUAAGCCACCCCGAGUUGAACUUCACUACGUUGGUCGGUGGGAAAGACAACCCAGUCGACACAUUCUAUUAUGUCCAUAUAAAGUCGGUUGUCGUUGGAGGAGAGGUGCUGAACAUUCCAGAGGAGACUUGGAGUUUGUCAUCUGAAGGUGCUGGUGGGACGAUAAUCGACUCCGGGACGACACUGAGUUAUUUUGCUGAUCCGGCUUAUAAGAUCAUUAAAGAGGCUUUUGUGAAGAAAGUGAAGGGCUAUCCGAUUGUGGAAGAUUUCCCAAUACUGGAUCCUUGUUACAACGUGUCCAGUGUCGACAAACCGGAGCUGCCCUCUUUCGGGCUAGUCUUUGCUGAUGGGGCAAUAUGGAAUUUCCCAGUCGAGAACUACUUCAUCAGGCUUGAUCCCGACGACAUUGUCUGCUUGGCGAUCUUGGGAACCCCUCGUUCGGCUCUGUCGAUCAUUGGGAACUACCAACAGCAGAAUUUCCACAUCUUGUAUGACACAAAACAGUCAAGGCUCGGCUUUGCACCGACGAAAUGUGCUGAUAUGUAGCUUUCUUAGUAGUGUAUAGUCUGGGAAGUUGGCGGAAAACUGUAAACACGCCGGGUUGGAGGGUCGCACGAUUUUAUUUACUCGAGGUAAAAAACACCGUUAUACACAAAAAUUUCCUGUUGUUAGGCUUAGGCGAUUCGUAUAUUGAUUAACACAUUUCAAGAUCUUCAAUGUUGUGGUGCUGGUUGCACAGUUUUGCUGGUUCUUGUGAUGCUUGGAUUCAAGCCUGGAAAUGUUCACUGGAAUUCAUGUUGGGAUGACUGAUAACAUUGUUUGGAUUCUUUGAUACUUGUUGUAGCAUGUUGUCCGAGUUAGUAGUCUUGGGAUGACUAUAAUAAAACCUUCUUAGUUGUAGUAAAAA